AUGUCUAAUUAUCACGAAAAUCCAUUUGCGUCGAACCAUUCGCUGGAUGCUAACCCAUUCGACGAUCCGACCGACAACCGCACCGCACAGACCACAUCUAAGCAGGUAGACCUCGAACGCCGCGAGCGAGAACUUGCAGCAAGAGAGGCCGAAAUCUCGCGUCGGGAGACAAAUAUCAAACACGGCAAGAACAACUUUCCUCCAUUCUUCCCGCUGGUAUUUCAUUCUAUCAGCGAUGAGAUUCCUGAGCACUCGCGGCCACUCAUCACUCGCAUCUUCCAACUAUGGCUUGUUUUGUGUCUAACACUCAUCAUUAACAUGGUUGCAUGCAUCUUUAUCCUCACCUCAGGAGGGAGCGAUGGAGGGAAAGACUUGGCGGCUAGCAUCAGUUAUGUUCCAGUUAUAUCUGUCCUCUCGUUCUUGCUUUGGUACCGACCAAUCUACAAUGGGUAUAUGAAAGAGCAAUCCUUGUACUACUGUAGCGCAGGUCUCAUCAACACAGUCGCAUCCUUUUCUCGGGGCGGAAGCGGCAUUGUUGCAGGUGUUCUAGGUAUCAUUGCAACCGUGGGCUGGACUCUCCAAGGCGUUGGAAAUGGCUGGUAUUAUCGAGAGAUUUGGACACACCAUCACGAUGCAGGCCAUUCUCUCUCCAAGGCAAAGGGAGAGCUCGCGCAACAUGGCGCUAAAGCCCAUGUCUGCCGCUGGAACACCCCUCCCGCUCCUCAAGCUGAGGCGGCUGGUCACAUUGAUCAAACCCAUUCCGCACCCCCUGCGCCUCAAAUGUACCCACCCCAUAUCCCGCCUGCGGCUGUCGGCGGAGCCGCAGUUCCCCAGACCGCCUCGCUCUAUGUUGGCGAGCUCGAUCAUACAGUGAGCGAGGCUAUGCUCUUUGAAAUUUUCAACAUGAUUGGGCCUGUCGCCAGCAUUCGCGUUUGCCGUGAUGCGGUUACUCGUCGCUCCCUUGGAUAUGCAUAUGUUAACUAUCUCAACGCCGCUGACGGCGAGCGCGCGUUGGACCAACUAAACUACUCUAUUAUUAAGAAUCGUCCCUGUCGUAUCAUGUGGUCGCAGCGCGACCCCGCCCUCCGCAAGACGGGUCAGGGCAACAUUUUUAUUAAGAAUCUCGAUGAGGCAAUCGAUAAUAAGGCCUUGCAUGAUACCUUCGCGGCCUUUGGCAAUGUCCUCUCAUGCAAGGUCGCCACCGACGAGACCGGCAAAUCUCGCGGCUAUGGCUAUGUCCACUACGAGACUGCCGAGUCUGCAGAGGCUGCGAUCAAGGCUGUCAAUCGCAUGCUUCUCAAUGACAAGCAGGUGUUUGUUGGCCACCACAUUUCUCGCAAGGAGCGACAGUCGCAAAUUGACGAGGCGAGGGCUCAAUUCACCAAUAUCUACGUCAAGAACCUCGACACUGAUAUCACUGAGGCCGAGUUCAGGGUCAUGUUUGAGGAGUUUGGUAACAUUACCUCUGCCGUGCUCCAGACCGACAACGAGGGCAAGAGCCGUGGCUUUGGUUUUGUCAACUAUGAGAACCACGAAGAGGCCGAACGUGCUGUGAACGAGAUGCACGAGAAGGAGAUCAAAGGCAAGGUUCUCUUUGUCGGUCGUGCACAGAAGAAGUCCGAGCGGCAGUCUGAGCUUGCUCGCUCUCACGAGGCGGCCAAGCAGGAGCGCCAGAACAAGUACGCUGGCGUCAACCUUUAUGUCAAGAACCUGGACGACGACGUCGACGAUGAUAAACUUCGCGCGGAAUUCGAGGCCUUUGGUACCAUUACGUCUUGCAAAGUUAUGCGUAACGAGCGGGACAUUUCUAAGGGCUUUGGCUUUGUCUGCUUCUCGACUCCUGAUGAGGCGACCAAGGCCGUAACCGAAAUGAACAACAAGAUGAUUGGAACCAAGCCUCUUUAUGUAUCUCUUGCCCAGCGUCGUGAUGUUCGUCGCCAGCAGCUCGAGGGUCAGAUUAUGCAGCGCAACCAGAUGCGUAUGCAACAAGCUCCUAUGAUGGGUCCUGGAUACAUGCAACCUCAGAUGUACUAUGGACCCGGGCCCGGCGGAUAUCCUCCUCAAGCUGGCCGUGGCGUUAUGGGGUACCCUCAGCCUGGUAUGAUGCCUCCUCGUGGCCGCUACCCUCCUGGGCAACCCAUGCAGGCCAUGCCCGUUCCGGUUCCGUAUAAUAGUGGUACACCUCAAGGCUACCCCUCUCAGAACUAUAAUCGUGGUGCACCCCCCAAUGGGUCCCAGGGCCCUCCUCGCUCCAACGGAACCAAUGCGCCGCCUCAACCUCCUGCCAACGCUGCCCCUCGUCCUGUCGGUGGCGCCCUGUCGGCUGCCGCUCCGGGUGCCAAUGGCUCCCGCCCUGCCACCGCAACUCCCGUUGCCCCAGCCGCCCCCGGUGCCCCCGCUGGAGGCAUCCCGGCAAACAGGCCUCCUCCCGCUGGUGCCCCAGCUGCGGGCCGUCCUCCUGCCGCCACAGCCACCCCUCGAAACCCGAGCGCUCGUCCCGCCGGUCAGGCUGCUUCCACUCCCACCCCCGAAUCGACCUCGGCUCUUACCUCGCAAGCGUUGGCCGCGGCUAGCCCGAUGGAGCAGAAGCAGAUGUUGGGUGAAAUGAUUUACCUGCAGAUCUAUCAGUCAGAGCCUGAACUUGCUGGCAAGAUUACUGGAAUGUUACUUGAGAUGGACAAUGCUGAACUCUUGCAUCUUAUCGGUACCCCUAACGCGAUGCAGGAGAAGCUCGAUGAGGCUAAGACUGUCUUGAAGGACUUCUCGACCGGUAACCCUGCCGAAUAG